AUGUCAGAUAGUCGUCGCGGGUCGUACGUCCCCGUGGAGUUCACCGCGGAGGUGGAGCAGCAGUGUUUGAAGCAGGUUGAGUUCUACUUCAGCGAGUUCAACUUUCCGUUUGACAAGUUUCUGCGUACGACGGCGGAGCAGAAUGAGGGCUGGGUGCCGAUCACGACGAUCGCUAGUUUCAACCGGAUGAAGAAGUUCCGGCCGGUGGACGAGGUGGUGCGCACGCUGCGCACGUCCACGGUGCUGGAGGUGAGCGCGGAUGGGGAGAACGUGAAGCGGCGCGUGCCGUUGAGCCUGGAGGACCGCAAGGUGCGCAGUGAGCGCACGCUGGCGGUGAUGAACUUCCCGCGGUUGGACGACGAGCGCGAGACGGUGAGCAACGAAGACAAGCUGGAGCUACAGGAGAGGCUGGAGCGUUUUUUCUUCGGGCUGGAGGCGGCGAGCGCCGCGGCGAUCCAGCAGAUCCGCCUCAAGCGCGAUCACCGGAAAAAAUUCAACGGCACGGUGCUGCUGGAGUUUGCAGGCGAGGAUGAGUGCAAGGCGUUUCUGGAGGCGUACGGCAAGGAGGACGGGCUGUCGUUUGAAGGGCGGAAGUUGGACGUGCUGACGAAGCAGCAGUAUGACGUCCAGCGCGAGGCGACGCGGAGCAAGAACUUUGGGGGCAACGGCCAGCGCUCGCGUUCCUUCACAGGCCACCGCAAGAAUAUGCCACGCGCCAAGAAGGCAAAGGCGGGCGAGGCGGGCGCGCCCGCAGACGCCGCCACCGGCGCGGCGGGCGCGGGCGGCGAGAAUGCGUCGUCGGACCAGGCCGCACCCGCUGCAGGCGCCGAUGCGCCUGCCGCCGCGCCCGCCGCGGAGCUCGUGCCCGCCGCGGGGUCUGUAACCGAGUAA